AUGGCGGUUACUUCAAUUUCGCUUCUCGUGCUCGGUAUUAUUGCCGGUGUAACGCUACUUUACUUUUUUUCACCAGCUAGAAAAGGCGAGAAGAGGCCCCUCAAGCUGCCUAUCAUCGGCGACAUCCACAACUCACCGAUCGAGAAGCCACUUCUGCAAUGGGACGCUUGGGUGGAAAAAAAUGGCGCUAUCGCAACGCCGAAACUGUUCGGUAUAGUGCCCGUUGUUAUUAUCAACACAGCCGAGGCAGCGACAGAGCUGCUGGGCAAGAGGGGCGCUUGGUAUAGCAAUCGUCCAAGGUCCGUGGGCAUGGAGAUGAUCACAGACGCUGGGCCAGGACAGUCACGGUUCACGCUGAUGCAUGACAUGGAUGCGCAUUUGAAGCUCCAUCAUCGCAUCUUGUCUCCAUCGCUCGGUGGUAUUGCUGCUCCACGCUACCAGCCCGUCAUGGAACUAGAAGCCAAGCAGCUCGUCAAGAACCUUGUCGAACUAAGCGACCACAAAUCAGGAGUCGUUACCAGCGACGAUGUCUUCCCCUUGCUUGAACGCGCGCAAGCGAGUAUUAUUCUCGCAUUGCACUAUGGCGUCCGUGUUCCCACCCUCGAUGAGCCACUUUAUCAGCGGGUCCGUGAGACGCAGGCCAAGGUCACCUCGUAUGCCUCAAGGCCUGGUCUGCCCGAUAUCUUCCCGUUCCUUGCCAAUCUCCCAGCUGCCAUUUCACCCUGGCGCAAAGCUGCCGAUGAAUUGUUCAACGAGCAGAAAGACCUCAACAUGCACUUGUUGAACCUUGGUGAUGACAGUCCUGGGUGGAACGCAACGAAACAAGCACGCUCCCUUGCAGCGAAAUACGCCAAGGAGCCGAUUCCCGACAUUGACCUCGCUUUCACGCUUGCGACGAGUGUCCAAGGUGGUAUAGAGACUAGCACUCGUACAAUACUCUGGCUAUUCAUUGCUGCGACGACGGCCAACAAGAACUUUAUGAAGCGAGCGCAUGACGUACUGGAUGCUGUCGUUGGACGGGAUCGACUCCCUUGCUUCACCGACAGAUCCUCUCUAUGUUACAUUGACGCCAUCAUAUCUGAGCUUCUGCGUUGGCGACCUAUCUCCCCAGGAGGCGUACCCCGUCGGGCAGACAAACAAGACGACUUUAAGGGUAUCAGCAUCAUCAAGAAUGCAAUGGUCUUGACAAAUGCGUGGUCUAUCGGUCGUGAUGAAGCUGUGUUUGACCCGUCGCUAGGCAACCUCGACGAAUUUAUUCCCGAAAGAUGGCUAGACGGUGAGAACAUGCUCGCAGACAUCAAGAGCCAAGGAGAACUGAAAACCUUCCUCCCGUUGCCAGUAUUCGGUCACGGUCGGCGAAGCUGUCUUGGAAAACGUGUUGCCGUAGACGGUACCUUCGCCCAGGUUGCGGCGAUGAUGUGGGCAUUUGACUUUGAGGCUGUCGAAGAUUUAGAUGAAAUGGAGAUGGAGGUUGUCUGGUUUAUGGCGGAGCCCAAGCCGUUCAAGUUCAGGCUAAAGCCAAGGGGUCCAUGGGUAUCCAAGGUCAUCCAGGAGGAGUGGGGGGCUGCCUAUAGAGACCUUGGUAACAUCAUGGGCAAACUGGGUGAUAUUGAGAGCUGA